AUGAAAAGUAAUAAAUUAUUGAUAAGGGCUUCCACGAAAUCCUGCGCUGAUGUUAAUUGCGAGGAGGAUGCUAUGGACAGAUUAGGACCGGUUAAGGUUUUAACGGAAGGCAAGCUUUUGAGCAAGUUUGAAGAGCCUGGCUCAAUGAGAUGUGGAUAUAGUGAAGCUAAGAAUUGGGUCAGAAGAUUGUCAAGCGAAACAAUUGUAGGUGAAGAUACAAAUAAUCUUUACCCAUUUUAUGUGGAUACUGCGUAUGACGUUCGACGUUUGAAUAAAGACAUCAUAAACGCAAAAAUUGAAUUGUAUGUGGAGAAUUUAAUCAUCAUUUGUAAUAUCAAUGACGUUUCCACAGUAUUUCUCAUGAGGGAAGUUGUGGAAUGGACUCUGUGCAAUUUUCCAUCAACAACUGUAUAUGUGCAAGAUAUUUUUGAAAAAUCAGCUCACUUUGCAGCUAGUGAUCUAUGCAAAGAUAGCAAUUGCAAGCAAAGUAGAAUAAAGUAUUGGUCAAAGGAAUUUGUCCAAAAUCAUGAUUCGUUCUUCGAUUUGGUUAUAACUUUAGGAGGUGAUGGGACUGUCCUUUUUGCUUCAUCCAUAUUUCCUAAAAAUGUACCACCUAUCGUCCCAUUUGCCCUUGGUUCAUUGGGGUUUUUAACUAAUUUUGAAUUCAAAAAGUUCAAGGAGACAUUAUCGCAUGUCUUAACGGAAAAGGUCCGCAUCAAUUUACGUAUGCGAUUGCAGUGCAAAGUUUAUCAUAGAAACGAAACUGAAACUGACGCUGCCACCGGAAAGCGGGUAUGUUUUAUUGAUUUUGUUUCUGAACAUCACGUCCUCAAUGAAAUAACCAUAGAUAGAGGUCCAACUCCUUGCUUGUCCUUAUUGGAGCUUUACGGACACAAUUCAUUGAUGACUAAGGUCCAAGGCGAUGGAUUGAUUGUAGCCACACCUACAGGGUCCACAGCAUACUCGUUAAGUGCAGGUGGGUCUUUGAUAUCGCCGAGUGUGAACGCUAUAGCGGUAACGCCAAUCUGUCCUCAUACUUUGAGUUUUAGGCCUAUAAUUUUACCAGAUAGUAUAGAGCUGAAAGUUAGAGUGGACUUGAAUUCAAGAGGGACAUCGUGGGUAAACUUUGACGGCAAAGAUAGAAUUGAAUUGAAACAAGGUGAUUAUGUCGUAGUAACUGCAAGUCCGUAUGCAGUGCCAACCAUUGAGUCAUCUCCGAGUGAGUUUAUCGAAAGCAUAAGUAAAAAUCUCAAAUGGAAUGAGCGAGAGGAACAGAAACCUUUUGCUCAUUUCCUCUCAACCAAAAAUCAAGAAAAGUAUAAAAUAGACUCAUCAACGAAUGAAGAAAAUGUUGAAGAGAUGAUAAGAGAUAUGAAUGAAAACGCAAGCAACAGCACUGAUAGUUCGUCUAUAAGCACAAGUUCACAAGAUGAGGGAAAUCUGCGUGCAACGGAAUCAAAAGUAGCUGUUGGACGGACUCGUCAAGCGCAUUUCGCAAUUUAG